AUGCUAUCCACCACUGCAAAUAGUAAAGUUAAAAAUUCUAAAUCUUCGGAGAAUAUUGACGGUCCUGACAGAGACGAAAUCGGACAUGAAAACACAACGGAUGAUAAGGUCAGAGGUUAUGUUGGUUCAUACGAUGUUCCUUCCACGUUCGGGGGUCAGAGAGACUCGCGGUAUCGCUCCCGGGGCCGCGUCACUGAGUUCCGACACUCCAGAGGCAGCGGAAGAGGUGGGAACAGAGGUCGCGGCGGUUUCCCGCCACGGACUGAUCGCGAUGAAAACUCCUAUAAAUAUCACGAACCGCUAGCAGGAUCGAACAACGACAGCUGGUGGCAGGGUAACAACAACAAAUUUUAUGACAGAUCUGAUAUGGUAGUCAAUUUACCUGAGGAUCCACGGAUUUCGAAGCUCUUGCGCCGUCUAUGCGCCGAGGUUGACGUUGAGAAGUCUCUUGCACUUUGCAGUAAGCUGCAAGAAGCUGUCAUGUUGGCUGAGAAUGUACGCUACAUCAGAAGAUCAUACGACAUAUUAGUGGAGUCGUUGCUGGACGUUCUUUACGAUGCUCCCAGUCCCGAAACUAAGGAAAGUGCAACCGCCGUACUGGGAAGAAUUGGAUACGUAAUGGGUCCAGAUUUUAAGAAACAUUUAGAUUGGGUGGUUGCGGCAUACGCCGUUCACAGUACUCCUAUCAGGCACCUGCUUGUUUUAUCAUUUGUUGAAACCUUCCAGAUUGAUUACCAUGCCCCGUGCCUUGCUGACUAUGCAGAACUAACCUUGGACAAGCUUCAAGUUAUUAUUGAGGGCACAGAAUCAACUGACGUGUUCAUGGCGGCUAUAAAUGCCAUCAUAGAGGUGUCCAACUCAUAUCCUGACUACUUUGCAAAUCAUUUUGUUGACACAGUUGAUAUCUUAGUGGGCUGGCAUGUUGACAACACACAGUCUAAAAAGAUAAAGGAAUUUGCACUUCAGUCUUUAUAUAAAUUGAGUCGUCACUGGCAGGCUGAUGUGUCAUUUUCAGUUAAUCUGUUGAAUCAGUUUGUAGAGGACAUGGUGGCUUAUAGUAAUGACUUGGACUCAAAUGAAUGUGAUAAAGAUACAGACGUCCAAUCUCAUGAAGAUUGUAUGCAGAAGGUUGCUUCGUUUCUGAAUGUAUUUAACACCGUUGUCAAAAGUCUAGGGAACCUGUUGAGUCCUACUGUAUCCCAGUCAGUGUCUUGGACAUUUUUGACAGACUCUUUGACAAAAAUUUUGCAAGUAUUGAAUGAAAUAAUGAAGGAGGAGGUGGAAUCAGAACUCAUACUGGCUGGUAAUGAAUGUGUCAUAUUACUCCUGAAACACUUGCAAUUAAAGUCCUCACCUUGCUUGACAUCAUUGUUUGACUUAAUAUCUUUGGAAAUGGACAAUUAUUUGGGAACAGAGGAGAAUAUCUGUCUCAGUGUCAUAAAUUUAAUUUCAACAACUAUAAAGGAGAUAGCGUCUAACUUACCUAUUGAAUUCAUAACACAAACAAUAGGUCCCAAAUCUGAUUUGCGUUUGUUACGUUUCACUGAUAAAUUGGAUGUUCUGAAUGGAUUGACAUCUAUUUAUAGUAACCUGCUCAAUUUAAAAAAUAUCCCACUACUGCAAGAAGCAUACAAAUAUGUGCUUAUUGAUAUUCAAAUAUCCUUCUCCAUCAUUUUACCUGAAGUACACAUUAUACCAAUAGAAUACUCAGAAGAAUUAAGUAAGGAUGAUGCUGAAAAGAACAUUAUCUUCUAUUUACAAUGUUUGUCAGAACUGGCAAAUGCAAGUAAUUCAAUUAUUGGCAUGUGGGCAUUGCAACCUAGCAUUUUAGAAUUACUCGCUAUAAAGAUGGUCCCCCAUGAUGAAGUUCUGAUGAAAGAGAGACCUGCUUUACAAUAUGCAAUACUGUACCUGCUGUACUCACAUUGUAAAAAGAAUAACCAUUUUAUAGCAUCGAGUGACUUAGUGACCAACUCACAACCGAGGGCCAAUGACUUGUUUGGAUUAUCAAAUUUGAAUAUUGGAGAAGUGUCCAGUUCAAGCCCCACUUCAGGCCAUCUUGCUGUAAUUAUGAACACCCUCAAUUUUGUUUUGGAUGAACAAGUUUCCGAUGAAACCUUAUGUCUUGUACUCACAUGGAUAGCGGAUAUUUUUGUCCAAUUAGAUAAAUAUCUGCCAAUAGUCGGAAUGUCAAAAUGUUUUCAUGUUUUGAUAACAAACAUGCUUGCACUGGCCCACAGUUUCAACAGUGAUAUUGUUUUUGCUUGUUAUAAAGAAUUUCCAUUUUUUACUUAA